GCUCGGACAUGGUACACAAGAAGAUGGAGACGCCGCUAUUUUGAACUACUUCUGAUGAAACAUUGAGGAAAAGUAAUCAAAACAUUUCAUUUCUUAGCAUUAAAACAUCAAAAUGAUUUCCGAAAGCAUUAGUGUGAUGCGGAAGAUCUUCCAAGGUCUUCGAGCAGACGAGGAUUUCUACAAUCGCCUCAGCAACAGAUGGACGGUCAUUCUGUUGAUUGUCUUCUCUCUGUUCAUCAACAUGAAGCAAUACGCAGGGUCACCAAUCAUCUGCUGGGUCCCAAAGCAUUUCACAUCGUCCUGGAAGAAGUACACAAAUCAGAUGUGUUUUAUCGAACCGAUGUACCACGUGCCCUUUCAAGAGAGGAUACCAGAUCCUGACUUGCCAACGCCUCAUUUUACAUAUUACAUUUGGAUCCCUCUCGUCCUUCUUGUCCAAGCCGCCAUGUUCUAUGUUCCAAGAGCGAUUUGGCGCCUCAUGUGUGGAUCGGCUGGGGUUAACGUGAGAAGUAUUGUACUCAUCAUGGAAAAAGAAGAAAAUAUGAAUAAUGAUAAAAGAAAAGGCAAUGUCGAUCUGGUGACCAGGUAUCUUGAAAGAUUUUUGAUGCGAUCGCGGAAAUACAAGUUAGAUUGUAAGGGAUACGUGAGACGCAUUCUUGUUGGCUACUGGUGUUUUUGUGUUGGACGUGCCAAGGGUAAUUAUCUCUUCUUCCUAUUCUUGUGGUGCAAAGUACUCUACGUUUUAAACAUCAUUGGACAGAUGUUCUUGCUGAACGCUUUCCUCAGCACCGAUUUCCAUUCCUUUGGCACAGAGAUCAUGGCAGACAUAAUGCAAUGGCGGGACUGGACAGAAACGAUGCGGUUCCCCAGGGUCAUUCUUUGUAACCUGAAGAUCCGCGUCCUGGGUGGAAACAUCCAUCGCCAUACACUCCAAUGUGCGCUGCCCGUGAACUAUUUCAACGAAAGAAUCUAUUUGUUCAUUUGGUUCUGGUUUCUGUUUCUCACCGUUGCCACAAUUAUGGGUUUCUUCGUCUGGCUCAGCAUGGUAUUUACUAGGGAAAGGCAGCACUUUAUCGUUAACUCCUUAAAGAUUAAGGGACUUAUAAAGAGUGGAUACAAGCCACACAGAGAAGAUAUUAGGGAGUUCGUGGAGGACUACCUAAGAAUGGACGGUGCGUUCCUCCUGAAGCUCAUGGCUAGGAAUACUAGCGAUAUAGCAGUGGCAGACGUGGUAUGCAAACUGUUCAAAAGGUUUCAGAACAGAAAAUACAACAACAACCUUGAUAACGAUGGCGAAGGUAUUCCAAUGACUGAAAACGAAGCACCAGGCCGGCCAAAUGGAACGUACCCGAAGCUACCAGAACAUCAAGACUGAUGAAGUAAAUCUAAAUAACGUGUGUAAUAUAUGUUGGUGAGGUUCAUGAUUUAAAAGCAGAAAGAUCAAAUGGGGGAAAACAAAUCUCAUUGACUUGUUUACAAUGGUCUGAUUGCUGCACAGCUUCCGUUGGAAAAUUUAUUACAAAAACGACGACUUUGUAUCAAAAUCGAAUGGCUCAAUUGGCUUAUCACCCGCACAUCACAUCAGUUUUACACUGCUUGUAAUUAAUGUCACCUGGAAUGUAAUAUAUUAUCACCCGAGAACUGCCAUUAGCCAAGCGACGUCUAAGAUUCUUUAAACUAUACAUGUCUGACCAUAUGAACUAUGGACAGCACAUAUUCAAAUUCACUGCUAUUUUGGGUUUAACUUGCAUGUGCUUGCUAUGAUAAUUUGAUCUCACCUAUAAAUGAUUAUAGUUCACUUUGUCUUUUAGUUCACGCAAAUUGGGAAUGGCUGUUUCCAACUCAUUUUAAACCAGUCAAAAUAUUAACAUUUGGCCGAUUUAUGAUAUAUUUAGGAUGCCUGGAAGAGACGGGAAUAAUGUAUGGGGCAGGAUCCGCAUAUUUUUAUGCCUUUUACUGUACAUAACAUGCUUUAUUCAGUGUAGCGUACGCAUCUACA